AUGGCCACUAUACUUGAUCCUCGAUUACUCGAUGAGGAUUCGCGCCUCACAGAAGAUAUGGCGACACUUCACCCAACGGCUAUUAUGGCUGUGCCACGCAUAUUAAACAGAAUAUAUGGUGCAAUUCAGGCUAAAGUUCAAGGCAAUUUCUUCAAAAGGAUGAUCUACAAUAUUGCUCAUGCGAAAAAACUUGAGUUAUUAAAGGAAGGUAUCUACACGAAAGACACUAUCUGGGAUAAACUAGUCUUUAGUGCUGUUCAGGUAAAAACGACAUUUCUAAAAACAAUUUUAAAAAACCUUAAAAAUUGAAC